UCUUGUUGGAAAAAACACUUCAUUGAAGUACUCAAAGGCCAACUAAACAAUUUGGCCUGGGUAAAACAUCCUUCUCAUAAAUAAAAUUUCCACCAUAAAAAGGGACUUCCACGCCAUCAUAGAAAACCCCUUUGGCAAUAGAUCAUUGCUAAGUCAUGGAUUCCACUGAUAGCCAGAAAGCAACAGAACUCUUGCAAGCCCAACUUCAUGUGUAUAAUCACAUCUUUAACUACAUAAAUUCUAUGUGUCUGAAGUGUGCAGUUCAGCUAGGCAUACCAGACAUAAUCCACAAACAUGGCAAACCAAUCACUCUUCCUGAGUUAGUGUCAGCACUUCACAUCCACCCAACCAAGAUCAAUUUCAUGUAUCGGCUCAUGCGCAUGCUUGUGCACUCAGGCUUCUUUUCUAUAACAAAAGCUGCUAAUGGUCAAGAAGAAGGACAAGAAGUUUAUGUUCUAACUCCAUCUUCCAAGCUGCUUGUCAAGGAUAACCCGAACUGCUUGAAACCGUUUGUUGAUUCACUGCUUAAGCCAGAUUUUGUAACUCCAGGGCAUGUCUUGGGAGAUUGGUUUCGAGGCAAUGAGCUCACAGUAUUUCAGAGAGCACAUGGAAUGGCAUUUUGGGAGUAUAAUGAAAGAAAUCCUGAAUUCAACCAGCUUUUCAAUGAAGCAAUGGCUAGUGAUUCAAGAAUGAUGAACUUGGUUAUUAGAGAUUGCAAGCCAAUCUUUGAGGGGGUGAAUUCACUGGUUGAUGUUGGGGGUGGAAAUGGGUCCCUUGCCAGGAUCAUAUCAGAGGCAUUUCCUGAUAUGAAAUGCACAGUUCUUGAACUUCCUCAGGUCAUUGGUAACUUAGAAGGCACCAAGAACUUGAAUUAUGUUGGAGGAGAUAUGUUUCAACACAUUCCUUCUGCAGAUGCCAUCAUACUUAAGUUAAUUUUGCAUGGUUGGAAUGAUGAGGAAUGCGUGAAGAUACUAAAGAAAUGCAAGGAAGCCAUUUCAAGCACAGGGAAGGGAUCGGAAAAGGUGAUUGUCAUAGAUUUGGUAAUAAAUGACAAGAAAGAUGAAUAUGAAUUUACCGAAACGAAGCUCCUUUUUGACAUGCUGAUGAUGUUUGUGGCUACCGGAAAGGAAAGAACUGAGAAAGAAUGGGGAGAGCUAUUCUUGAAAGCUGGUUUUAGUCACUUCAAGAUUACACCCAUCCUUGGAUUAAGGUCCCUAAUAGAGGUUUAUCCUUGAGAUAUAUAAAACAAAACUUGUAAUGCAAUGUUGUUAUUGCCAUUGAAUAAAUUUUGCAUCUUUCAGUUAGGCAUGGCUAUGCUAUCACAAGCCGAGGUGCCAAUGAUUCUUGUAUUUCUUUUCCAGAAUAAUGAAAGCAUAAACUAUUAGUAUCA